AUGACCCCUGUCAGAGAUCCAUUUCAAGACCUUGAAAAGCAGCUCGAGCAGCUCGAGGCACAAGUCGACAAGCUGAUCCUAGCACUUGACGAGUGGCAACAAUGGAAACAAGAAUACGACGCCUUGCGAACGGAUGUGCGAGCUCUGGCGUCGACAGCCACGCGCGCAGCUCUUACUCAAACACGGCAGGCCUUCAAAGGCGAGUUGGUCAAUGAAAAGGAGCUCAUUGAUAUCUUCGGUCGCAACGACUCCAAGAAGCGCGAUCAAGUCAUCAGCACUGUCUCUAACCGGUUGGAUUACGUCUCGAGAAACAUAGCCACGCUUUCGAAACAGCUCGAAGCCGCCGAGAACAAACUCGCCGCCACACGAGUGGUGACAAAUCCCGAGGCCACCGAUGAAGACGGCUUGCCUAUCACCGAGAUCAGCGAGCAGCUAGAUGACGACGAUAAUGUCAUCUCGUAUACCCUGCGACAACCAGGUAAUAAUCAGCCACAACUUUUAGAAGCGCUUGAGAAAGCUGGUAUUAAAGAACUCCCCUCUGGUCCUCACGAGAUCGCGUCUACUACAACAAGAUAUGCAUCAGACUCUAUUGAUGCAGCGUCUUCCAAGUCUUCCAACUCCAGGCAACAAUCAGAACCUCAUGGAAAACUUAGCGCUGAGGCUUCUCGCCCUAAACAGCCGCUCAAGAAGAAAAGUGUCACCUUCGCGGAAGAUACAAAAGAGGCCGAGGGAGAGAAGCCCAAUAGUACUGUUCAAAAAAUAGAAGCAUUGUAUCGACAAGCGAAGAACCAGGAGAACAUAAUUUCAGACCCAAUUAUGCCCGCUGAUGAAUCGCCGGAAGAUGCCGAGUUACGUGAAGAUAUGAUACGAUACAAUAAAGAGACAAUGAUGUACGAGAUGGCACCCAUAGUCGCAGAGCUCGCCCUCGAGGAAGGAUCAGGUGACGAUGACUGGAGCUACGACGAUAGUGAAGAGGAGGAUGACGAUGAAGAUCAAUGGGGAAGGUCGACAUCCGGGGUCGUGGAUGACGAGUAUAAGCGCCAAAUGCUCGAGUUGAAGGAGCGACUCAGCAGACAAACAUUCGGUGAACAGAAAGAGGCUGGUGACGACGAGGAUGAUGAGUUUGGUGAAGGCAUCGGUCGUAUCACGGUCAGACAUGAAGAAUCCGCUGCCGUCGCGAACGGCUCAGAUAUGUCUCCUGUCAACAGCGAUGCACCUAUGAUGUCUGCGCAUCAGGGUGACGGGAAGAAGAGUGUCAGGUUUGCUUCUAACCUCGACAUUGCUGAACCUUCGGCCUCAUCUCAAGCAAAGCCAACACAGUUGCCCGAAGUCGACCCUCUAUCCGACGUGAUAGAGCGUCGUUCCUCUGGGAUAAGCAAUAACGCCCCAGCAUCCAGUAGAAAGCCAUCAAGAUUCCGGAAGGAAAGAACAAGCGGUGUGCCGGUACCACAAGUGUCGCCGAUGGCACCGGAGAAGCCCACCGAUGCCACAAUAUACGCACCAUCAGGACCAGAGGGCCAAACGCUAUCAUCUACAAUAUUAGAACAUGAGCCAUCUGGCACGAUCAAAGAACCGGAUGAGCUCGACGCCAACUUCUUACAUCAGCAGGUAACAGAAGAAUACUACAAAAUGCGGAACAGAAUGAUCGGCCGGCAAGGCGGGUUUCUCAAGGAGAACACAGACCCUAUCCAGCCGCUGGAAGAGGAGGAGGGCGGGCCCAAGAGAGUCAGCCGUUUCAAGGCUGCACGACUGGCCAAAUCUUAG